CCACGAUGGAGCGGGACGGUUGCGCUGGGGGCGGGAGCCGCAGCGGCGAGGGCGGGCGCAGCCCCCGAGAGGGCCUGGCGGGGAACGGCCGAGACCCGGGUGCGGGCCGCGCCGCCGAAGCGUCCGGGGAGCCGCAGGCGGCCGCGUCGCUGCUGGCCCCCAUGGACCUGGGGGAGGAGCCGCUGGAGAAGGCGGCGCGCGCCCGCCGGGCCAAGGACCCCAACACCUAUAAAGUGCUCUCGCUGGUAUUGUCAGUCUGUGUGUUAACAACAAUCCUUGGUUGCAUAUUUGGGUUGAAACCAAGCUGUGCCAAAGAAAUUAAAAGUUGCAAAGGUCGCUGUUUUGAGAGAACAUUUGGAAACUGCCGCUGUGAUGUUGCUUGUGUUGACCUUGGAAACUGCUGUCUAGAUUACCAGGAGACGUGUAUAGAACCAGAACGGAUAUGGACUUGCAGCAAAUUCAGGUGUGGUGAGAAAAGGUUGUCCCGAAGCCUUUGCUCCUGUUCAGAUGACUGCAAGGACAAGGGAGACUGUUGUAUCAACCAUGGAUCCGUGUGCCGAGGGGAGAAAAGUUGGGCAGAAGAGGAAUGUGACAGCAUUGAUGAACCACAGUGUCCAGCAGGGUUUGAAACACCUCCUACCCUCUUAUUUUCUUUGGAUGGUUUCAGGGCAGAAUAUUUGCACACUUGGGGUGGACUUCUUCCCGUUAUUAGCAAGCUGAAAACCUGUGGGACAUAUACUAAAAACAUGAGACCAGUAUAUCCAACAAAAACUUUCCCCAAUCACUACAGCAUUGUCACAGGACUUUAUCCAGAAUCCCAUGGCAUCAUUGACAAUAAAAUGUAUGAUCCCCAAAUGAACGCUUACUUUGCACUUAAAAGCAAAGAGAAAUUUAACCCAGAGUGGUACAAAGGAGAACCAAUUUGGCUCACAGCUAAAAAUCAAGGCCUGAAGACAGGCACAUUUUUUUGGCCAGGAUCAGAUGUGAAAAUUAAAGGAAUUUUCCCAGACAUCUAUAAAAUCUAUAAUGUUUCAGUACCAUUUGAAGAAAGAAUUUUAGCCGUUCUUAAGUGGCUACAGCUUCCUAAAGAUGAAAGACCACACUUUUACACUCUGUAUUUAGAAGAACCAGAUUCUUCGGGUCACUCUUAUGGACCAGUCAGCAGUGAAGUCAUCAGAGCUUUGCAGAGAGUUGACAACAUGGUUGGCAUGCUGAUGGAUGGUCUGAAGGAGCUGAACUUGCAUAGAUGCUUGAACCUCAUCCUUAUUUCAGAUCAUGGCAUGGAACAAGGCAGUUGUAAGAAAUAUGUGUAUCUGAAUAAAUACUUGGGAGAUACUAAAGACGUUAAAGUUGUAUAUGGACCUGCAGCUCGACUGAGACCCUCUGAUGUUCCAGAUAAAUACUAUUCAUUUGAUUAUGAAGGCAUUGCCAAAAAUCUUUCUUGCCAGGAACCAAACCAGCACUUCAGACCUUACCUGAAACAUUUCUUACCCAAGCGUUUGCAUUUUGCCAAAAAUGACAGAAUUGAGCCCUUGACGUUCUAUUUGGAUCCUCAGUGGCAACUUGCACUGAAUCCUUCAGAAAGGAAAUAUUGUGGAAGUGGAUUCCAUGGCUCUGAUAAUGCAUUUUUGAAUAUGCAAGCCCUCUUUAUUGGCUACGGACCUGGAUUCAAGCACAGCACUGAAGUCGACUCCUUUGAAAAUAUUGAAAUCUAUAACUUAAUGUGUGAUUUACUGAAUUUGACACCAGCUCCUAAUAAUGGGACUCAUGGAAGCCUUAAUCACCUUCUAAGCAAUCCUGUUUACACUCCAAAACAUCCCAAAGAAGUCAGCUCCCUGGGGGCUCUUGUGAAGGGGCACUGGACCAGGGAGCUGACUUCUUUGGGAUGUUUUGGAGUAAUUACCAAGGAUGGUAAUCGAAAAGAAAGGUAUAACAAUCAGUUCUUAACCAGACUUGAUUUUCAAAAGAAUGAAUAUUUACAAUUUCCUGGCAGUUUGGACUUUAUUUGGGGAUGUAUUAUAUUAAAAAUAUACUUUAGUGAAAUAGUCAUUAAAGGGAAUAGUUAUUUUUUUCUUAAAGUGAGUAUUACCAUAUUUUACAGAAACAGCAGAAUCAUCCGUAAUCAGGAAGUUCUGAUUCCAACUCAUUUCUUCAUUGUGCUAACAAGUUGUAAAAACACAUCCCAGACUCCCUUACAGUGUGAACAUUUAGAUACCAUGGCUUUCAUUUUGCCUCACAGGACUGAUAAUAGUGAAAGCUGUGCGCACAGGAAGCGUGAAUCCUUAUGGGUUGAAGAAUUGUUGGAGCUACACAGAGCUCGGAUCACGGAUGUUGAACACAUCACCGGACUCAGCUUCUAUCAAGAAAGAAAAGAGCCAAUUUCAGACAUUUUAAAGUUGAAAACACAUUUGCCAACCUUUAACCAAGAAGACUGAUACUUUUUUUAUUCCAAAAACACGGCAGUAAAUCUUUGUGAAAGAGCCUUCUGUUUUAUACAUCCUCUCUUUACACUGUUGCAUUGUUUGGAGACUGUCGACCAGAGUUAGAACUGGGAAUCCUCUGUGAUACACGACCUUCUCAGGGAAACUUGUGGCCUCCGUAUAACAGUAGGAAAGUGUUCCUGCUGAGUCUCACACAUGUUUGAAUGUGUAAGAAUUGUUCAGAUUUGGGAAUAAAGACAGAUAAUACCUAAAACUGCUCUUCUACUUCUCUUAAGGGCAGAAGGAGCUGUGAACGUUCUCUGGACACCAGAUGUUUGAAUCAUAUUAUCAUUAAUAAAUUUCUAUGAUGCUGACAAACACUAGGCUAAUGAAUAGGAUUGGACUAGACCAUAUUUCAUUAGUUUAUUCACAGGAAUUUAAAAGUGAUUCUGGAUUCUUUUUAACUUGGAUAUUCAUUUAUUUUCAUUUUAAUCAGAAAAGUUAAUGGGAGCAGAAAUAUUUGAAGCCCUAUUUUUAUCUCUUCUGUACACCCCCUCAAAAGCUAACUAUUUUUAAGUUGUAAUUGGGUUUCUUCAGAUUUAAUGAUUCUUUCAGGUUAAACUUUGAGGGGCCAUCUGUACUAAGUGUAUCUACCCUUUAUAAAAUUUUAUUCUACAUUUGUACCAAAAAAGAAAAAUAUUCCCAAUCUGAUCACUGAUAAUAUAGGUUGAAAAUAACUCCAGUAAUGGUUAUUUUACACAUUACAUAUGUAAAUGGUUAUUUACACAUUAAAAGUGUGUCUUGUCGUAGUGAAACUUCAUGGGGCUUGUCAACUCAUGCAAAAUAGCAUUUUCAUCCAAAUAAUAGAAAUGUUUUCCUCUAUACACAGAAAUCAUUCUACUAGCAACAGAGUUGUACUGUCCUGAGAUGUUCAUUUUGAAGUUCCAUUGAUUUAAAGAGAAUGUAUUACCAUCAUUUUAUAUCUUCUUAAUACUCAUGAUAAAUGAACUUGAUUUUCUUCACUUCGUAGACUCUAUAUACCCUUCAGUACCAACCUGUGAAUGUUCAAAAGCUACAUCCAUUUUUUAGGCGACUUGAGUCUGAUUUAAGUGUUAUAUUAUUAAUAACACCAAAGGUCUGUAUUUGUCCUUCACAUUCCACUUGUUCUUCAAUAGCAUAGGGGCCCCAAAACCUUU